AUGCCUCAAAAAGAAAGUGAACUUGAUUGGAGAGCAUAUUCCAGGAUUCAAUGUAAAAGCCGACCACCUCAGCCGUCUUUCAGAGAUGAAUCACAAAUCAUCGUCCAGAGUAAUCAAGAGUUACAACUGGGAACUGAAGAAGGAAGUGUUCAAUCGCAUCCAACUUCACUUCGGUCAAAUACAGAUGGAUCUGUUCGCAUCUCACCUCAACCAUCAAACGAACAACUACUCAACAAUCAGAAUGAAUGCACUCCACCUCGAUUAGAGUCAAUGGAAGCAAUGUUUGGCCUUUCCACCACCCAUUCUUUUGCCUUCUAUCCUGGAGAAGAUGAACUCAUCCAGUUCGAAGAAGGUUUCUAUAAUACUGAUCUUCCCAAUCUGGAGAUCAGCAACUUGGUAUCCGAUGAUUCAAGCUCAAGUUCCUCGUCAUCAUCGCCACAUGUUUCCUCAAGUACUGGGAACAUUCCAAGAAGUAUUGACCAAACAAUCAGUAGAGUCGAUACCAAUCCAGAUUCAACAACGUUGGAAGCUCGGGAUUAUUCAACUUUCCAAUCUCAUGUAAUGUCCUUCGCUCGUACAACAAAUACAAAAACAGCUGAGCUGUUAAUGAAGUCAUGGGAACCUUCAACUCUCAAAAUUCCGCAAUUUCUGUACUUUAAACUCUUUGAAUCCAGCAAACAUUACCUUAGUUGUUUUCAUGGAUUAUCUUACACAUCUGUUCAAGCACAACCUCCGUUAGCCUUCUCAACAAUUAAUGGUCAUCGAUCUAUGUUGAAUCAGUUGUUACUCCUUAAGAAUCAAACUGAUAUUGUUAAUGAUCCAUUCAUCACAAGAAUUAUGACUGGUAUUCACAAGUUGCGUCCUUCAUCAGCAAAGUAUAAAGAGAUAUGGGAUGCAAACCAAGUAUUCAAGCACUUAUCUACUAUAAAAGUCAUCCCUAAGUACACAUACACUGCACUAUUAAACAAGACACUUGUACUCUGUAAAAUGUUUGGUUUACCAAGAUCAUCAGACUUGGUGAAGUGGUCGUUCAAAGGUCUCAUUAUUACUCCUGACUCAAUCAAAGGUCCAGUUAUUAAUGCUAAAGAACAAAGAAGUGGUGUUGUUUCAAUCUUAGAAUUAACUUCGAUAGAUGAUACAAACUCUCAAGUAUGCCCUGUUCGCCACCUUGCAACAUACCUUAGAACCUCAAAAGGAAGAAGAAAGCCCCAUUCGGGUGACUCUGUCUUUAUUAAGAAUGAGGGUGAACCGCUCCAAGUUAAUGAUAUUAACUCAAUUGUAUUAUCAACGCUCUCAAAGUCAGGCAUUGAUAUUGUCAAGUUCAAAUCUCACUCUACCCGUUCCGCUAUGGCUUCUCUGCUGUUGUCCAAUAACGUUCCGUUCCAUGUUGUCAAGAAGAUGGGUCGUUGGAAAUCAAAUGAUACUGUAGAUACCUUCUACGAUAAAAGAAUCAUUUAA